AUGGAAAACAAGAAGGAAGGAAGGAAAGGAAAGAAAGAAGUAAGGAAAGGAAAGAAAGGAAAGGAAAGCGCGCUGGUUUCGAAGAGGAAAACCGUCACUGAAAUUAUCCGGAAUUACCAGUUUUCGCAAAAAGGUUCCUGGAAUUCGGGCGAAGCAGGGUUAGAGGAACGCUGCGAUUGGGUUCAUGGUGGAGAAGGAGCAAGCAGGGCUGAGGGAGAGAAGUUGUGUCACAAGGAGACUGAGACGAAAACUGUGUUAGUGUUUGCGGAGCGAUGUGGUGAUGGCAAGAGUGACCGUGGAGUUGGCAUCAUGAACGAUGUGGAAUUCGUUUGUAGAGAUAGGCUAUGA